UUCGGCUUCAGACCCAGCAGCAACCACCACGAUAUCGGAUAAUCGACGACCAUCGGCCAGCUCUUCAAAGUAAGUCACCAAUUACUCAAGUACGCGGGGGAUCUUCAGUUUCUAACAAAUUAUUCAAGAUGGGUCGUCUUACGGAAUACGAGGUCAUCGGCCGCCACUUGCCCACCGAGUCCAACCCGACUCCGGCGUUGUACCGCAUGAUCAUCUUCGCUCCCAACGUCACGGUUGCGAAGUCCCGUUACUGGUACUUCUUGCGUGGCCUGAAGAAGGUCAAGAAGGCCACCGGUGAGAUCGUCAGCGUCAAGGAGAUCCAGGAAAAGCACCCCCUCAAGGUCAAGAACUUCGGUGUCUGGCUCCGCUACGACUCCCGCUCCGGCACCCACAACAUGUACAAGGAGUACCGUGAGAUGUCCCGCACCGAUGCCGUCGAGGCUCUCUACUCCGACAUGGCCGCCCGUCACCGUGCCCGCUUCAGGUCCAUCCACAUCCUCAAGGUCGUCGAGCUCGAGAAGGGCGACGAUGUCAAGCGCCCUUACAUCAAGCAGCUCAUCACCAAGGACCUCAGCUUCCCCCUCCCCCACCGCGUCUCCAAGCUCAACAACCAGAAGAUCUUCAGCGCGAAGCGUCCCACCACCUUCGCAUAAAGUGUUGGCUGUUGUGCGGCGUUGUUUCUCUGGUUUUCGACAAAUGGAGGGGCGGGCUACUACUACUUGGCAGGUGUUCAUUAGGUCUAUGGAACUAUCACGUGCAUUUGCUCUCUGAAGGCGGGGGCCACCAAAAGAAAUGAAAUCAAUUCAAAACAUCAUCUUUUCGCGAGCAUGGCCAAAAAAAGCAGCAGGGGAGGGAGGGAAACCUACUCAAACCACAUUUUGAUAGAUGGACGAAUGAUACCUGAGUACGAAGCUGUGAAUUACGACUUCUUGAUGAGACGAUGCGGUUUACCUUAGAUCUGCUCGGCCAGAAGAGGGAUGUCAAGACGUCCGGCUUCGUCUACGUAGACAAAUGCCAACUCACCCCGCGUCGGUUGUCGAACUAUUGUCCGUGCCGUGAUGCCGUGUUUGCGUCUUCUUUCUGAGGUAUGAAGAAUGAAUUAUCCCUC